CAAUCACGUUGCGAGUCGUGGUGUUUCGUGUCCGGACUGCAGUUCGUCGACAACUGUUAGCUUUCGUUUCAUUUGCCUCCAGUAGUUGAUAGGAGACGGACUCAAAGGCUGUUAAAUCAUUACGUCUUCGGCAGCAACGGUUUGAAGUGCGAAAUCUAGCAGAAUGGCCACAACACAGUCAAUGAUACUGCUAGCAGUCCAUGUUUUACUGAUCUCAGAGUUCAUCCUGGCGAAGAGAGACUACUAUGAAAUUCUGGGGGUACCCAGAGAUGCCUCAGAGCGCCAGAUCAAGAAGGCCUUUCAUAAACUGGCACUGAAGUACCAUCCUGACCGCAACAAGGAACCAAAUGCAGAGACAAAGUUCAGAGAAAUCGCAGAGGCAUAUGAGACGCUGUCUGAUGAAAAGAGGAGGAGGGAGUAUGAUCAGUUUGGCCACGGCCCGUCACCGGGAGAGGGCUACAGAGGUGGCAACAACGCCAGAAGCGACGGCGCCUACAACUUCAGGCAGCACUUUGAGUCCUUCAACUUCAACUUUGACGACAUCUUCAACGACGCCGACCCAUUCGGCCAGCAGCACACCUUUCACCACAAUGCGCACCAUAAGCGACACUUCGACACCCACUUUCAGGCGCACCAGGAGGCCAUGAACAAGCACAGGAGACACUUCCAGCAGGGGAGCUUCGGCGGCGGGUUCUUUGACAGCACGUUCGAGGACUUGGAGAAGAUGUUCUCCUUUCACACCACGCAGACUGAAAACACAUUCCAGCGCUCGAGAAAGCAGCACUGCAGGACAGUGACCCAACGCCGCGGCAACAUGGUCACCACCUUCACCGAAUGCUCCUAAGACAUGGAGAACAUUUGGAACAGAGUGCUAAUGUAUUGCCUGACAGUGUGACAUGUUUUUUUUGUGCAGCUUUUUGUUAUUUGUGGCAAUUUCUUGUAGGAACAAAUAUCCGAUAAGAUGCUUCCAGCAAUGACACAGAUGUGGUUGAUGGAAAAUGUUUUUGACUUAUUGGGGCGCUACUUCUUCAGUUAGCUCCCCAGGCUCAUUGUUCUUAUCUGUUGUCAUCGUGCAUGAUGUUCUCUGGUAUGGCCGAAAGCAAAA